GAUUAAGAUCCAACGGUGUAGAAUCCAUCAAAGUAAUCAGUGUCAACAAAUAACACAACACAGUUGUCGUAUAUAUCCCUACAAACCCUUCGCGUUUCAAAUACAUUUCCCAUGUUUAUGUUUUUGUUUUUGUCUCAGUUAUUAUUAUGAUAUGCAAAAACCUUGGCUCUAUUACCUCGUUUUCCUCUGAGAUUUUCUACUUAAACACCCAAACCCAACACAGACAGAAACAUAAAACUUGGUUCUUUUUGUUGCAGAGAUGGGAAGCGGUGAGAAAAGCGUGAAAGGGUUUCUUCUGCAUGGGAAGAAGCAAGGUGUGCCGAAAGGGUUUCUUGCGAUCAAAGUGGGUCAAGGUGAAGAAGAUCAACAGAGAUUCGUUGUGCCUGUGAUUUACUUCAAUCAUCCACUUUUCAUGCAGCUUCUGAAAGAAGCUGAGGAAGAAUAUGGAUUUGAUCAGAAAGGGACGAUAACAAUUCCUUGUCAUGUUGAAGAGUUCAGAAACAUUAGAGGUUUGAUUGAUAGAGAAAAGUCUCUUCAUCAUGGUGGAUGCUUUGGCUUUUGAGACUCGAUUAACUUUUGAUUAGGUGGUGGUGGUGGUGAUGUAAAUUCUUCUUAAUUGUUAGUUGAGGGAUGAUGAUGAAGAUGAUGACGACAGAAAUGUUAAUUAGUUGUUGCUAUUGUAACUUGUUAGGAAAUUGUAAUAAUAGUUAAGCAAUGAAUGAAAGUAAAAAUAGAUGCUUUCUCUUUUCC